AUGACUAACGAAAUUUUACUCAACGUUCAUGAAAUUAUUCGAAAAUCUAAUGACUCUAGACUACUUACUACAAGAACGGAUAUUUAUACAUCAUCCGUUAUUAGUCAAACAGCUGAAGAUCCUCAUAUAUCACCGGUGGCAUGUAUUGGUUUUGCUGUAAUUAUAUUAACUACAGUAAUUGGUAAUACACUUGUACUAGCUGCACUUUUCCUCGAUAAAAGACUUCAUACACCAUCGUUUUUUCUUAUCGCUAAUAUGGCUAUUGCUGAUUUAUUACUUGGUUUAGCUGUCCUUCCAUUUUCAUCUGUACUCGAACUUCUUAAUAAUCGUUGGAUUUUCGGAAAAAGUUUUUGUUCAGCAUGGCUUGCACUUGAUGUACUCUGUUGUACAGCAUCAAUAAUAGGUUUAGCUGGUGUAUCGAUUGAUCGAUAUAUUGGUGUAACACGACCAUUAAAAUAUAGUAGUAUAAUGACAAUACGACGUACAAUCUAUUUAAUAAUUACUAUUUGGGCUGCAUCGAUAUUGACAUCAGUUGUACCAUUAUUUGGUUUAACUGAUCGAGGAACAUUAUCAAAAACAAAUAAUUCUACACAUGUAGUUUCAGAAACAUGUGAAGUUAAUAAAAAUACAUUUUAUACAUUAUUUUCUUCAGCAAUAUCAUUUUAUAUACCAGUUAUUAUACUUCUUAUACUUUAUUCACGUAUAUAUCAAGAAGCAAAAAAACAAGGAACAAAAUUAGAAAAUGAAAAACGACGUCUCUAUGAAAUUGAUUAUCAAAUAGCAUCCGAACAUCUUCGACAACAACAAAAUCAAUCUAAUGGACAUUCAUCAAAAAAACGAAAUCUUUCAAAUCAAUCAGAUGAUACUAAAAAUGAUGUUUCAACAACACCUGUAAAUUCUGAACAUACUCAUGAUGAAGAAAGUAGUCUCGAUCGUGCUUUAACAUCAAACUAUACAAGUCCAUUAAAAAAAAAUUACUCAGAUCUUCAGAAUAAUCACGAUGAUGAUGGGUCUCAUUCUGGAUCUUCAUUGGGUCAUCAUAAAAAUCGAUUACUUGGUAUAUUUAAUAAAGGUAUAUUUUCAACAAUAAGACGAAACUCUGGUCUUCCACCUUCUCAUCUUCCAAACUUCGACAAUCCAAUGACCCCAAAUGAUGAAUUACUUAUAAUAAAACAUAAAUUACAUAAUCUUAGAGCUGAAAAAAAAGCUUUUCGUACAGUUGGUCUUAUUCUUGGUGCUUUACUUAUAUGUUGGCUACCAUUUUUUGUCACACUGCCUCUUAUGUCAAUACUUAAAGAAUAUCGAAUGAUUGAAGAGGACAAUACUACAAAUAUAUGGUUUAAAAUUACUUUUUGGCUUGGUUAUGUUAAUUCAGCACUUAAUCCAUUUGUCUAUGCUUUUUCAAAUCGUGCAAUACGUCGAGCAUUUCGUGAAGUGAUAUUUCGUCGUUUUUGUUGUUGUAUUUGUCGAAAAAGAUUAAAUCAAUAUAAUGAACGUAAAGGUCAUCGACGUCGCUGUACUGCUAGUGGUUCAUUUACAACAGAAACAUCACAAAUAGGUUCAAGACGAAAAAGCUCAUAUUCAGCAGAUUUAGUUCGAACAAUACCAAAAAUAGAAUGUAAUAGUGAACCUUCAUCUCCUAAACCAAUUCGAUCUCCUAAUGCUAAUGGACUAGCUGUUUCAUUUGCUGAAUUUCUAUCUGACACAAAUAAUGAUGAUGAUGAUAAUGAUAAUAAUAUUACAUCUCAUAAUAAUGAACAAUCAAAUUCAGAAUUUAUUCCAACAUCAACCAAGAAAAAUUCUACUUUAACUUCAAAUUCUUAA